AUGGCCUCUAACGCCGGCGGCAGCUCCCCACCUUCCGCAUCGUCGCCCGAUGGUCGUCCGUCAAGCCCGCUCCCGGUCACCAACUCCUCCCCAUCUCAGCCCACCCGCCGCUCCGGUGGGCGGCGCCGCCGCGGCUCCGCCAGCCCUUAUGCUUCGUCCCCUUCCCUCGGGGGGUUCGAGACGCCGCCACACCCCGGACGCCGCACGCCGUCCGGCGCCGGGGCUGGCGCCGCCCGGCAGCAGCGUCAGAACUGGACUGGCCGGUUCCCGCCGACGCCCUCCACCCCAAUGUCCACCGAUGACAUCCCGCCGUCAUCCGAAGCCGGGGACGACGAGACCGACGGCGGCGGCGGCGGCGUCGACGCCACCCCGGUCUUCGUCUGGGGCACCAACAUCAGCGUGCAGGACGUCAACGCCGCCAUCCUCCGGUUCCUGCGCCACUUCCGGGACCCGCGCGACGCCGGCCGCGUCGACCUGGUCAUGGACGAGGGCAAGUACAUGCGCGCCAUCCACCGCAUCCUCGAGCUCGAGGGCGGGGAGUCGCUCGACGUCGAUGCGCACGACGUGUUUGACCACGACCCAGACCUCUACAGCAAGAUGGUCCGCUACCCGCUCGAGGUGCUCGCCAUCUUCGACAUCGUGCUCAUGGACCUCGUCGCGCGCAUCGAGCCGCUCUUCGAGAAGCACAUCCAGACCAGGAUCUACAACCUCAAGUCGUCCAUUUGCUUGAGGAAUCUCAACCCAUCUGAUAUUGAGAAGAUGGUAUCCAUCAAGGGUAUGAUAAUUAGAUGCAGCUCGGUCAUACCGGAGCUCAAGGAGGCUGUGUUCCGCUGUCUUGUUUGUGGUUUCUACUCAGAGCCCGUCAUGGUUGAUAGAGGGAGAGUAACUGAGCCACACAUUUGUCAGAAAGAACAAUGUAAAGCCACAAAUUCUAUGACCCUAGUGCACAACCGAUGCAGAUUUUCAGACAAGCAGAUCAUAAAGUUGCAGGAAACACCAGAUGAGAUACCAGAAGGUGGCACUCCACAUACAGUUAGUGUCUUGAUGCAUGAUAAGCUCGUUGAUGCUGGAAAGCCUGGAGACAGGGUUGAGAUAACUGGAAUAUACAGGGCUAUGAGUAUUAGAGUUGGACCAACUCAAAGGACAGUGAAAUCUAUAUUCAAGACAUAUAUUGAUUGCCUUCACAUAAAGAAGACAGACAAGUCCAGGCUUCAUGUGGAGGACACCAUGGAUAUUGAUAAUUCUAAUGCUAGCAAAUCUACUGAAGAGGAUUUUCUUAGUGAUAAGGUUGAGAAACUAAAAGAGCUUUCAAAGUUGCCUGAUAUCUAUGACAGAUUGACUAGAUCAUUAGCUCCAAACAUAUGGGAGUUGGAUGAUGUUAAAAGAGGUCUCCUUUGCCAGCUUUUCGGCGGCAAUCCCUUGAAGCUUCCUUCUGGAGCUAGCUUCCGGGGUGACAUCAAUAUUUUACUUGUGGGUGAUCCUGGAACAAGUAAAUCCCAGCUUCUCCAGUACAUGCAUAAACUGUCUCCUCGUGGUAUCUAUACAAGUGGUAGAGGAAGUUCUGCUGUUGGUCUUACUGCUUAUGUUACCAAAGAUCCUGAGACUGGCGAAACUGUUCUGGAAAGUGGAGCACUUGUUUUAAGUGACAAAGGUGUUUGUUGCAUAGAUGAGUUUGAUAAGAUGUCUGAUAAUGCCCGAAGCAUGUUACACGAGGUGAUGGAACAGCAGACAGUAUCCAUUGCGAAGGCUGGAAUAAUUGCAUCUUUAAAUGCUAGGACAUCUGUCCUGGCAUGUGCCAAUCCUACCGAAUCACGUUACAACCCAAGGCUUUCUGUAAUUGACAACAUCCACUUAGCCCCAACGCUACUUUCAAGAUUCGACCUGAUUUAUCUUAUCUUGGACAAGGCGGAUGAGCAAACUGAUAGGCGCCUGGCAAAGCAUAUUGUUUCGUUGCAUUUUGAGAAUCCAAAUUUAGAGGAGCUCGAGGUCUUGGAUUUGCAGACAUUAGUUUCCUACAUAAGCUAUGCAAGGAAGUAUAUUCAGCCACAGUUAUCUGAUGAAGCUGCAGAAGAGCUAACUCGUGGCUAUGUUGAGAUGAGGAAAAGAGGGAAUAGCCCUGGGAGCAGAAAGAAGGUCAUAACAGCAACUGCUAGACAAAUAGAGAGCUUGAUUCGUCUCAGUGAAGCAUUAGCCCGAAUGCGUUUCUCUGAAGUGGUUGAAGUGCGAGACGUUGUGGAGGCCUUCAGGCUUCUUGAAGUUGCCAUGCAGCAGUCUGCAACGGAUCAUGCAACUGGGACGAUUGAUAUGGAUCUAAUCAUGACGGGGAUAUCUGCAAGCGAAAGGCAGAGGCGGGAGAACCUUGUUGCUGCUACCCGUAACCUUAUCGUGGAGAAAAUGCAGCUUGGAGGCCCCUCAAUGCGUAUGAUUGAGUUGCUGGAAGAACUGAGGAAGCAGAGCUCAAUGGAAAUUCAUCUGCACGAACUCCGCGGUGCUCUUGGCACUCUGAUGACUGAAGGUGCUGUGGUUAUCCAUGGAGACAACGUGAAGAGAGUUUGA